UGGACCAAGCGCAUCACGGGCCUGGCCAUCAGCGACCUGCGCGUGGAGGACAGCGGGACCUACAUCUGCGAGGUGACCAACACCUUCGGGUCCGCAGAGGUGACGGGGACCCUCACGGUCAUAGACCCUCUCCGUGUGACCCUCACACCAAAGAAGCUCAAAACGGGCAUCGGCAGCACCGUCAUCCUCUCCUGCGCCCUCAGCGGCUCCCCCGAGUACGUCAUCCGCUGGUACCGCAACACGGACCUGGUGGCGGUGGACGACUACAUCUCCAUCCGGGGCAUCAGCAACGAGACCCUCCUCAUCACGGCCGCGCAGAAGAGCCACUCUGGCGCCUACCAGUGCUUCGCCACCCGCAAGUCCCAGACGGCACAGGACUUCUCCAUCAUCACGCUGGAGGAUGGGACCCCCCGCAUCGUCUCCUCCUUCAGCGAGAAGGUGGUCAACCCCGGGGAGCAGUUCUCCCUGAUGUGUGCUGCCAAGGGGGCCCCGCCGCCGACUGUCACCUGGGCGCUGGACGACGAGCCCAUCCCGCGGGACAGCGGGCACCGCACCAACCAGUACACCAUGUCGGACGGCACCACCGUCAGCCACAUGAAUGUCACCAGCCCGCAGAUCAAGGACGGCGGCGUGUACCGGUGCACCGCGCGGAACUCGGUGGGCAGCGCCGAAUACCAAGCGCGAAUAAACGUAAGAGGACCCCCGAGCAUCCGCGCCAUGAAGAACAUAACGGCGGUAGCGGGUAGGGACACUUUCAUCAACUGCAGGGUGAUCGGGUACCCGUACUACUCCAUCAAGUGGUACAAGGACUCCUUGCUGCUGCCCGAUAACCACCGCCAAGUGGUCUUUGAGAACGGGACCCUUAAGCUGAUGGACGUCCAGAAAGGCAUGGACGAAGGGGAGUAUCUGUGCAGCGUGCUGAUCCAGCCCCAGCUCUCCAUCAGCCAGAGCGUCCACGUCACCGUCAAAGUCCCGCCGCUGAUCCAGCCCUUCGAGUUCCCGCCGGCCUCCAUCGGGCAGCUCCUCUACAUCCCCUGCGUGGUCUCCUCCGGGGACAUGCCCAUCCACAUCACCUGGAGGAAGGACGGCCACGUCAUCCUCUCGGGCUCCGGCGUCACCAUCGAGAGCAAGGAGUUCAUGAGCUCCCUGCAGAUCUCCAGCGUCUCCCUCAAGCACAAUGGCAACUACACCUGCAUCGCCAGCAACGACGCCGCCACCGUCAGCCGGGAGCGGCAGCUCAUCGUGCGGGUGCCUCCUCGUUUUGUGGUCCAACCCAACAACCAAGACGGCAUUUACGGCAAAGCCGGCGUGCUGAAUUGCUCCGUUGACGGGUACCCCCCUCCGAAAGUCAUGUGGAAACACGCUAAAGGAAGCGGCAACCCCCAGCAGUACCACCCCAUCCCCCUGACGGGCCGCAUCCAGAUCCUGCCCAACAGCUCGCUGCUCAUCCGCCACGUGCUGGAGGAGGACAUCGGCUACUACCUCUGCCAGGCCAGCAACGGCGUGGGCACCGACAUCAGCAAGUCCAUGUUCCUCACCGUGAAGAUCCCGGCCAUGAUCACCUCCCACCCCAACACCACCAUCGCCAUCAAGGGGCAGACCAAGGAGCUGAACUGCACCGCCCGGGGCGAGCGGCCCAUCAUCAUCCGCUGGGAGAAGGGCGACACCGUCAUCGACCCCGACCGCAACAUGCGCUACGCCAUCACCACCAAGGACAACGGCGACGAGGUCAUCUCCACCCUCAAGCUGAAACCAGCGGACCGCGGGGACUCGGUCUUCUUCUCCUGUCACGCCAUCAACUCCUACGGCGAGGACAGAGGCUUGAUCCAGCUCACAGUCCAAGAGCCCCCGGACCCGCCGGAGCUGGAGAUCCGCGAGGUGAAAGCCCGGAGUAUGAACUUGCGAUGGACGCAGCGGUUUGACGGCAACAGCAUCAUCACCGGCUUCGAUAUCGAGUACAAGAACAAGUCGGAUUCCUGGGACUUCAAGCAGUCCACGCGCAACAUCUCCCCGACCAUCAACCAGGCGAACAUCGUGGACCUGCACCCGGCCUCGGUGUACAGCAUCCGCAUGUACUCCUUCAACAAGAUCGGCCGCAGCGAGCCCAGCAAGGAGCUCACCAUCAGCACGGAGGAAGCAGCUCCCGAUGGGCCACCCAUGGAUGUCACCUUGCAGCCCAUGACGUCCCAGAGCAUCCAAGUCACCUGGAAGGCCCCCAAAAAGGAGCUGCAGAACGGGGUGAUCCGUGGCUACCAGAUCGGCUACCGGGAGAACAGCCCGGGCAGCAACGGGCAGUACAGCAUCGUGGAGAUGAAGGCCACGGGCGACAGCGAGGUCUACACGCUGGACAACCUGAAGAAGUUCGCCCAGUACGGGGUGGUGGUGCAGGCGUUCAACCGCGCCGGGACGGGGCCGUCGUCCAGCGAGAUCAACGCCACCACGCUGGAGGAUGUGCCCAGCCAGCCCCCCGAGAACGUGCGGGCCAUCUCCAUCACCUCGGACGUGGCCGUCAUCUCCUGGUCGGAGCCCCCGCGCAGCACCCUCAACGGGGUGCUCAAGGGGUACCGGGUCAUCUUCUGGUCCCUCUACAUGGACGGAGGUCCCCCCGCCGGCAUCAAGGCCGUCCCCUCGUCCGCCAGCAGCGUGGUGGUGUCCUGGCUGCCACCGGCCAAGCCCAACGGCAUCAUCCGGAAAUACCCCCUUGGGCCGGGGGCAGCCU